AUGAAUCUGACCCCAGAUCAGCCCCCAACCCAACUCUACGACCUUCAACGUGAACCUCAAAACAAAAGCAGGUCCUCAUCAGCCAGUUUCUUCAACAGCACCUUCUUCUUCCAGGAUAACGCCGCUUUAGAAUGGCAGCUGUUCCUCACCAUCCGAGAGCCUGGCACCAUUAUUUUGACCGUCCUGUACUCCAUUUCCUUCCUCGUGGGUUUCUUUGGAAAUGUCAUGUCCCUCAAAGUCCUACUGGGCCAGCAUGGAAGUGUACGUCUGUCGGGUGUGAGCGCCACCCGCUGUCUGCUAAUAAACUUAGCCGUGUGUGACCUGGCGGUGGUCUGCGUGUGCAUGCCUGUCACCUUGGGCCACCGUAUCUACACACCAUGGAUAUACGGAGACUUCCUGUGCCGCGCUGUGCCCUUCACACAAGCGGUGUCUGUUUCCGCUAGUGUCCUGAGCAUCACAGUCAUCAGCAUUAGCCGAUACUAUGCAGUUCACUCGCCGCUGCAAUCCCGUGCCUACUUCACUCGCCGGCGCAUUCUGGCCUCUGUCACCAUCGUGUGGCUCGUCUCCUCUGUGAUCUGCAUGCCAGUCGCCAUUGUUACCAGGCGUGAUGAAGUUGCUCUGAUUGACGGUCUGGCCAUCGUGUUACCCGUCUGUGGAGAAGUUUGGCCUCAGCCACGCUUGCGUCAGGCGUACAACGUCUUGCUCUUCAGCGCCCUCUACUGCCUCCCUGUUACGUUUAAUCUCACUCUAGCCUUUUUGACAUGUCGCCGACUGCGCAGCUCUGGCACAGAGGUUGGUGCUCGCUCCCUGACGGAGGUUCCUGGAAGGGAUGUAGACCUUCAGGAGCAGGUGGAGGUAAGGACAGUGCCAGUGGCUGUCCUACAAGACGAGCUGCAGCGUUCUGGAUCCUCUGCAGAGGCUUGA